AUUUUGAGAGCUCCUAAACACCUCCCCCUCACCCCCCAUUCGAACUGAAAGGGAUAAGAAAGAAGGGAGAGCCUCACACUCAAAAGAGAAAGAGAUAAGGGAGCUGGCCGCAGGGUUAAUCUCCAGUUCGUGGAGCUCACUGUUUGGUUCGUAUCUUGAGAAAUACUCAUCCAAAAGGGGCGUGUGAGGUGUCCACUGAAAUCUCUCAAGAAGAGGAAUCCAUAGACAUGCGGUUUGAAGGAAACGGAGCAGUUUAAGGCCUCCAAAUCGUCCGAACAAAACGCAACCUUGCAGAAUACGUUUUUGUAUUCAAAGUUGAGGCUAGAGCUUGCUUCCUGUGCCCGUUGCUCGGGUGAUCCUUUGGAGAGAAGACGUGGUUCGUGCUUUCUCCAUUCUGUUUUGAACAAUAUUAAACAUGCUCAUGGAUAUUUUACUUUAGAGCCUGCGUGCUCAUGAAUAGCCCUGUGUGGCCCUUUUGUUUUAAACAAUGUUUUCCGCUGCGUUAUGAAUUACUUAUUAUGUUUGUUUAUGGAUGUUAUAUGUGUGAAUGAUAUUCAAGACGCCUUGUAUAAUAUGAAUGUGUUGGACUGCGGUUGACUAUUCGUAUUGUACGGCGGGUUGUUGACGUGUCCGGGGAGGUCCGGGGCGUGACACACCUUGUCCUGAAUGUUGCGGUCACAUGCUUGCUUCACAAUUAAUUCCACUUAUAUUAAGGCAAGUGAACUAAAUACCGAGUAAUUCUUAGAGCAUCUCCAUUGCAAGCAAGUCUAGUCUCUAUUAAUAAUGUCAAAUGUCAAAAAAUUAAGAGGACUUCUAAUCCACAUAAUAAGUAGUGGAGUUAUUAGACAGUGGGGAAUGAAAUAAGCCCCCAAUGCACCAAGUCUUCCGACCCAUGAAAACUGCCAUGUGGAAUAAAAUAACAUUAAAGUAAAUGUAAAUUAUUUGUUGCCAAACAACUUCCCUACGAAACUAGGUACUCGUAGUUUCAUACUCGACUGCUCCUACUUCUCGCAUCAUCUCCAAUUGUCCUAUUUCUGAUUUAAUCGUACAAGCAAAAGUUGAUAGCAGGUAAAUCACUAUCACGUAUUCGUUUUCUUCUUAAAUAAUAUGUAAAGAAAAUUAAAUUCCAAUUUUAUUUGAUCCCUCCUUUAAAAAAAUAUUGAUAAAAUUACUUGUAGACUUUUGUUUUUAUCGUAUAUAGAUAUCACUUGGUUUGUUUUUAUUAACAUAGUGCAGGGUAAUGAUAUGGCAUCAUCAAGUUUUCAACCAAAUUCUGAUAGUCCUUCUUCAAGUGAUGGUGAGCUUGAACUUACCAAGAAAUUGUUUCAUGAGCCCCUCAAAGAUUAUUCUCUUGACGAUGAAUAUAUUUCAAAUGUUCCAUUGAUUGUUUCUACAUUGCUUACUGCUACAAAAUGCUCUCUUGGCUCGACAUCAAGUAGAUCUUACAUUCGGCGUGAUAGAAAAGAGCGACAUGAUGUAAUAGUCAAUGACUAUUUUAAAGGUGAAAACUCAAAGUAUGGUCCAGAUCUUUUUCGUCGUAGAUUUAGAAUGGAUAUUGAAUUGUUCAAUAGAAUUUUAAAAGAUGUCGAGAACUACGACAGCUAUUUCCAACAGAAGUAUGACGCAGUUGGAAACAUUGGAUUGAGCCCGUUACAAAAGAUUGUUGCAGCAAUUCGCAUGCUUGCAUAUGGUUGUCCAGCUGAUCUUCUUGAUGAAUAUGUUCAAAUCGGAGAAAGCACUGAUGUUGAAAGUUUAAAGCGUUUUUGUGAUUCUAUUAUAGGACUCUAUGAAAAGAAAUAUUUGAGAAAACCAAAUAGUGAUGAUAUCAAAAUUCUUCUAAAGGAGGGUGAAGCCUGCGGAUUUCCAGGUAUGCUCGGUAGUUUGGAUUGUAUGCAUUGGCAAUGAAAAAUUGUCCCACUGCUUGGCAUGGGACACAUACUAAUGGUUUUAAAAGAGUUCCGACUCUUAUUUUGGAGAUUGUAGCUUCUAAGAUUUUAUGGAUUUGGCAUGCUUUCUUUGAAAUGGCUGAUAGUAAUAAUGAUGUUACCGUUUUAGACAGGUCGCCGUUAUUUGACGAUCUUCUUAACGGUAUUGCUCCACCAUGUAAGUUUGUGGUUCAGGGUCAUGAAUACAAUAUGGGUUAUUAUUUAGCAGAUGGAAUAUAUCCACAAUAUGCUACUCUAAUCCAAACAAUCUCUCUGCCUUCGUCUGUGAAGGAAAAAUUAUUUGCAAAACUACAAGAGUUUGCGAGAAAGGAUGUAGAACGAGCAUUUGGUGUGUUACAAAGUCGAUGGCAUAUUGUUAAAGGUCCCGCUCGUCUGUUGAGUGCUAAGGACUUGGGAAAGAUAAUGAAAACAUGUAUCAUCCUACAUAAUGUGAUUAUUGAGGAUGAGCAUAGUCAAGGCAUUAACCCUGAAGAUUGGAAAGGCGAAGGAGAUGAACCUGUUGAAUGCGUUACGUUGGAGCACGACUUCACCCUGAUCAUGUCAAUGAUGAUUAGUCGAACAAAACUUGUACAAGACACAUGGUUGCAUAAAGACUUGAAGAAUGAUCUCAUCAACCAUAUGUGGGAAGUGUAUGGUGGUCAAGUUGUUGAUGACUAAUGUUAAUUUUGAUG